ACGUUUCACUGGUCUAAACCAUAGACCAAUUUCCCUUGCAAAGCAGAGGAUCUCUCCAUAACCAUAAUCUUCCUCUCACCGCUCCCUUUGGCCUUCCACUUCCUCUGAGCUCUCAGAGACUCCCAAAGCUUAAAAUCGUUCAUAAGGUCGCCAAUUCAAAAUCCCUCCGUCGUCUCUAUCUCUCUUUCACACGCUUCUGCAGCCAUAGAUAGUUUUUUACGGCUCGAAUCUGUUCCAAUGGAUGAACAGCCUUCUAUGAGUGAGGAUGGAGAUGUGAACCACAUUGUAGAGAGUUCUAGUGGUAAAGAGGUAACAACAAGUGAAGGAAGUUCUGAUAUAGAACCAUAUGUAGGUAUGGAGUUUGAAUCUGAAGAGGCUGCCAAGGUGUUUUAUGAUGCAUAUGCUACACGCCUAGGGUUCAUAAUGCGAGUUGAUGCAUUUCGACGAUCAAUGCGUGAUGGGAAGGUUGUUUGGCGUCGGCUUGUGUGUAAUAAAGAAGGAUUUCGAAAGUUAAGGCCUAGAAGAAGUGAAAAUAGGAAGCCUCGAGCAAUAACACGAGAAGGAUGUAAGGCCAUGAUAGUGGUAAAGAAAGAGAAAACAGGAAAAUGGGUUGUAACAAGGUUUGUAAAGGAGCAUAAUCAUCCACUGGUAGCUAUACCUUCUAAUGGUCGUCGAAGUGUGCUUUUAUCUCAAACACCUGAUGAGAAAGAUGUAAAGAUCCGGGAACUGACUGCUGAGCUACAACGAGAGCGCAAGCGGUCUGCAGCUUAUCAAGAACAGCUUUACAUGGUUUUGAGAGAAAUGGAGGAGCAUUCCAAUCACCUAUCAAGAAACAUUGAGGAUAUAGUGCAAAGUGUGAGAGAUAUUGAAUCAAAGAGGUAGGCAGUAUGUAUAGGUCUUAGCUUCAUUAGCUAUUUUGCUCCUGUACAUUUUCUUUGAGAUGCUAUUUGGUUGUUUCCUAAUUCUAGUCUGAACUUGUAGGUUGGCCAGAAUUAUCCUGUACAAAACUUUCAUGAAACUUUUGAUUUCUUAUCUCAUAAAAUUAGUGUGGCUUUUUCUAUUUU